AUGAUCAAAACAGCAAUCUUUGCAGGUGGAUGCUUUUGGUGUAUGGUGAAGCCUUUUGACACGUAUCCUGGUGUCAAAAGUGUCGAAGUUGGUUAUACUGGAGGAACUACAGUGAAUCCCACAUAUGACGAUGUCUGUACUGGCAAUACUGGGCACCGUGAAGCGGUCCAAAUCGUGUAUGAUGAGUCUCAAAUGCCGUACCGAGAAUUACUUGAAAUUUAUUUCUUAAGUAUUGACCCGACCGAUGGUGACGGGCAGUUUGCGGACAAAGGCGAGUCGUACAAAACGGCGAUCUAUUACUCCGAUGAAGCUCAGAGAAAAGAAGCUGAGACGUACAUAGAAGCACUUCAAUUGAGUGGCAGAUACGAUCGACCCAUUAAAGUCCAACUAGUCCAAGCAAAGCCAUUUUAUAGAGCGGAGGAGUAUCACCAGAACUAUUACAAAACCCAUCAUAAUCACUAUGAAAGGUAUUAUGAAGGGUCGGGGAGGAAGAAUCAAGUUGAGCGGAACAAAGCGAAGUUUCUUGAGAAGAAGGAGAAGAGUGCGUUGAAGAGUAAGUUGACACCUCUACAAUAUCAGGUGACGCAAGAAAGUGGAACGGAGCCUCCAUUUACUAACGAGUAUGACCAUACCUUUGAAGACGGGAUAUACGUCGACGUCGUGACGGGGAAACCCCUCUUCUCGUCGAAAGACAAAUUCGACUCGGGAUGUGGGUGGCCUGCUUUCACUAAGCCUAUCCACCCUCUUUCACUCUAUGAGAAGACGGAUGAGUCACAUGGGAUGCGUCGAGUCGAAGUGAGAAGUUCGAGUGGUGACUCUCAUCUCGGCCAUGUCUUUGAAGAUGGGCCACUAGAAAUGGGUGGACUAAGGUAUUGCAUUAACUCGGCAAGCUUAAGAUUCAUUCCUAAAGACAAGCUUGAAGAGAACGGACUUGGGAAGUACCGAGAACAGUUCAAGUAA